CAUUAAUUUUCAUCUAACAAUUGCGAAAUAAUUCCAAAAAUAACAAAAAGGCUCAUAAAGAUAAUAGUUUUCAAAAUGUUAAAAUCAUUCGAUUAGUCGAAAUAUUGAAAAUCAAUUGAUAACAUCAUAUCAAAUUAUGCGAAUGAGUUCAAAAAAUGUACCAUGACGUUCACUUGAACUCAACGAUCAUUCAAACCAAAAAAAGUCAUAUAACCAAAAAAUAAAAGAAGAAGUAUUAUAUUUUAUCAUACAUUUGCUGCUUAUGAUUGCAAAGUUUAUCAAAAUAACUACACUAAUUUUAAAGUAAAUAAAUAUCAAUAAAUAUAUAAUAACUUAUUUCCUCGCAUUUGAAAGCGUGGUGAAUUAAAAUCAAGAUUAGAAAUUUAAUUUUAAAUAUGUCAUAUACUGAGAGUUAUAUAAAAAACAAAUUAAUCAAAGAAUUAAACGCUUCACACGUGGUAGCUAAAUGUUAUUUCUGAAAUAUAUUUAUUAAUCAAGAGCAUGCUUGAAAAUAUAAGCUGUUGAAGCUUACUCAACAUAUAUGAUGCAAGAAAACACACAGAUUUUGUUAAUCUCAGUAUUUGCUCUUCUUUUGAGAUGGUGUGUUACAUAUCAUUCCUACAGCGGUGAAGGAAAGCCUCCAAUGUUUGGAGACUAUGAAGCCCAACGGCAUUGGCAAGAAAUAACGUUAAAUGUGCCAAUUAAAAAAUGGUACAUAAAUACAACAAAUAAUGAUUUACAGUAUUGGGGAUUAGACUAUCCACCAUUAACGGCUUAUCAUAGUUUAGUGCUGGGCUAUGUUGCCAAUAUGAUCAAUUCUUCUUACAUAAAGUUACACGAAUCUAGAGGUUUCUCAUCUGAAAAUCAUAAAUAUUUUAUGAGACUCAGUGUUCUUUGUGUAGAUAUUUUGAUUUAUAUCCCAUCGAUAAUAUAUUUUAUAUUAACUAAUCAAGUAUCUGAAAACUUUGAAAAAGUAGAGCUGUCUAUAUUUGGUCUGAAAAAAAAACAUAUUAAUCUUUUGCUUAUAUUGAUAUAUCCGGGUUUAAUAUUAAUAGAUCAUGGACAUUUUCAAUAUAAUUCAUUUUCAUUAGGACUGUUCAUUGGUGCUGUUACAGCUAUACUUCAAAAUUCGUUUAUUAUCGGGUCGAUCUUAUUUGUUGCAGCACUAAACUAUAAGCAAAUGGAACUUUACCACGCACUGCCAAUUUUCUUUUACAUACUUGGAAAAUAUUCACCUAUGAAAGAACGGUUUUGGUUGUUUAAUUUAGUAAUGCUCUUCUGUAUAUCAAUUACAGUACUGUCUACAUUUUUUAUCAUAUGGUUACCUUUCAUUAAAAGUUGGGAAAUAUUUGUAAGUGUUGUUCUUCGAUUAUUUCCAGUUUCUAGAGGUGUAUUCGAAGAUAAAGUUGCUAAUAUUUGGUGCACAAUCAAUGUGAUUUUUAAAUUGCGUAAUACUUUUGCAAACAAGGAAUUAGCCAAAAUUUGUUUAAUGUCAACUACAUUUGCAGUUUCACCGAGUUGCGUAAAUCUAUACUUAAAUCCACAGAAAGAGAAGUUCGUUAUUUCCCUUAUUAACUGUGCAUUAGCAUUUUUCCUGUUUUCGUUUCAAGUUCAUGAAAAAUCAAUCCUACUUGUUGCAAUUCCAGUUUUAUUGUAUUUUCCAAGUAAUUCGUUUCCUUGUUUUUGGUUUUUAAUAAUUUCACACUUUAGUAUGUUACCAUUAUUUAUAAAAGAUGGUUUGUACAUGGUAUAUUGGGCUACAUUAAUCUUUUAUUUCAUUUUUGUUUUAUGGGCAUAUUCUGAUGUAUUUGAUAAUACAAAGCUAAAAAACAAUGAGAAUAAAUCAAUAUUUACCAAAUUAAAAAGAAAUAUGAUACAUUAUAAGAAUAUUUUUAUUGUUGUAAGUUCUAUUCUAUCUUUUUGGAAAAUAAUUCUAUUUUAUUGUUCGAUUCUAGGAAUAAUAAUGCUUUCUCUUAUUAGUGGUUUUUUGAAACCUCCAAAGAGGUAUCCAGAUCUUUUUGCAUUAUUAGUUUCUGUUUAUUCCUGUGGACACUUUAUUGCUUUCUAUUUAUACUUUAAUUACAAACAAUUUGUAUAUGAAAAAUAUUAAAAAUUGAAAUAAAUCAGAAAAACAACUUAA